UCCCACUUGCUUCCCAACAAAAGAAAAGAAUGUGGGGAUUGGGUUGUUGUUGUUUAUUAUAUAUUUUUAACCCUAACGCUGAGAGUCAUAGCCACUGCUUAUCUUCCCAUGAUUUGUCCCUUUAGAUUUGGGAUCUCUAGUUGGACUAAUCCACCCGAUUCCACCGUUGUCCACUUUUGUAUACUUUGACAUUGAGGGGUCUACGGCUAUCACUACUCACUAGCAUGAAACUUUCUUAAGAAAAGCCCACGAACUCGUCAACAUCUUUUAAUGCAAAAGGCCCCUCCAUUGCAAAAGCCAGUAGUUUUGAUGUUCUUGGAGAGGGGUUUUGAAGGUCGUGACAGUAGUAGCAUGCUGGAACUAAGAAUGGCUCCCAGACACAAGCGUUCAAAGAGCUAUCCUGAUAAGAGAAGAGUUGAAGAAGGUAACCUAGAUGGUUCUCUUGAAGCCUCUCACUGUCUAAAGUUGGAUAUGGGACACUUGACAGACUGUGUCAAACCCAAGAAGAAACAAUCCCCUAAUACCGAUAUGCAAAAUUCUUUGAAGCAAGAGAUCCUACAACUUGAGAAAAGAUUGCAAGGCCAAUUUGCAGUGCGUUGUGCUCUAGAGAAAGCACUGGGUUAUAGAUCUUCCUCACAUGAUACUACAGUUGAAAUUUCAAUGCCCAAGCCUGCUAUGGAACUAAUUAAGGAAAUUGCAGUGUUAGAAUUGGAAGUUGUGCAUUUGGAACAGUAUCUUCUUUCACUGUACCGGAAAGCAUUUGAUCAACAAGUAUUGGUACAAUCCCCUUCUGCCACAGAUGCAAGAUUAAGAUCACCUUUAACGUUCCCAAGGGGGGGAGCUCUGGAAGCUUGCAGACCUGAUAUCACAUCAAAAAGGGAAAAUUCAGCAGCUUAUCAUAGUUGUCAAUCACAUGUCAAUCCGAGGAAGGAAUCCAAUGGAAUUAGUGAAGAGAAGAUAUUGGAUUCCAGUGUUCAUCGUUGUCACUCCUCACUAUCACAGCGAUCGGCCUUUCCGACUAGAACUUCUCCUCCAGCAGAAUCUCUGACCAAAGCUAUACGUGCCUGUCAUUCCCAGCCUUUGUCCAUGAUGGAGUAUGCUCAGAAUACUUCUUCAAAUGUAAUCAGUCUGGCAGAGCAUCUUGGAACCCGUAUUUCUGAUCAUGUUCCAGAGACACCUAACAGAAUUUCUGAGGAUAUGAUCAAAUGCAUGUCAGCUAUAUUUUGCAAGCUUGCAGACCCACCUCUGACACAUCAUGGCCUCUCAUCUCCCAAUUCAUCUUUGUCAUCAAUAAGUGCAUUUUCUCCACAAGAUCAUUGUGAUAUGUGGAGUCCAGGCUUCAGGAAAGAUUCAUCUUUUGAUGUCCGGUUAGAUAAUCCUUUCCAUGUUGAAGGACUUAAAGAGUUCAGUGGGCCUUACAGUACUAUGGUUGAAGUGCCAUGGAUAUAUAGAGAUAAUCAGAAACUGGGAGCUAUUGAGCACAUGUUACAAAAUUUUAGAUCACUUAUUUCUCGAUUAGAAGAAGUGGAUCUGAGGAAGAUGAAACAUGAGGAAAAGAUAGCGUUCUGGAUCAACAUACAUAAUGCAUUGGUGAUGCAUGCAUUUUUGGCAUAUGGUAUACCGCAAACCAAUGUAAAGAGAGUGUUUCUACUAUUGAAGGCUGCCUAUAAUGUUGGAGGUCAAACAAUAAGUGCAGACACAAUACAGAAUUCCAUCCUUGGAUGUCGAAUAUCUCGUCCAGGACAGUGGCUUCGCUUGUUACUUUCUUCAAAAACAAAAUUCAAGACUGGGGAUGAACGGCAAGUGUAUGCGAUUGAGCAUCCAGAACCUCUUUUACAUUUUGCACUCUGUUCAGGAAGUCAUUCUGACCCAGCGGUUCGUGUCUACACACCUAAGAGAGUACUUCAAGAGUUGGAAUCUGCAAAAGAAGAGUAUAUUCGGGCUACCUUUGGUGUGCGCAAAGACCACAAAAUCCUUUUACCAAAGGUUGUCGAGUCAUUUGCAAAGGACUCACAAUUGUGCCCAGCUGGUGUCAUGGAGAUGAUCCAACAGUCUCUGCCUGAGUCUCUGAGGAAGAGUGUCAAGAAAUGUCCAGCAGGGAAAUCCCGCAAGAACAUUGAAUGGAUCCCUCACAAUUUCUCUUUUAGGUAUCUGAUAUCAAAAGAACUGGUCAAAUGAUUGCUCUAACAGGUCAAUGCCCUAAUACUCAACCUCAUCUGCAUUGUUCCUUAGAUUUUAAAUAUUGGAAAGUUUUUUUGUCUUUCCAUUGUACAAACAAAAUAGAGUAGUGAAACCAGAAAUUGGAGAGUAGAAUGGCAUGACCUGCACCUUGUAUUUUGUAUAAUGUAAUCAAUCAUUCUGCUAUACAUGCUAUGCAAUUGAAGUA